AUCCCCGCACUAGGGCCUGUAAUGUCUGCCGGGCCCGCAAGAUCAAAGUAGGCACACGUGUUACCCUCUCACAUCAAUCAAGCGGCUAAACCAGACAUCCGACAGUGCGACAAGGCGCUGCCUGGGUGUUCGUACUGCCGCAUGAGCAAUGUCGAAUGUGUCUACUCUCAGCCAAGAAAGCGGGGCCCCAGGAGAACACAUUCACCCCGGCCCCUUUUACCUGGCGGAUCUCCCAGAGUGCCUGGCGUGUCCGAACAUUCAACCUCACCUGUCCAAAGUCAGCAUGGAUCUCUGGCGGACCAACCAGACCCGACGGCUGCCGCUGAACGGUCGCUUCGACAAGACCUACCCGACCUCCACCUACUACAAUCUCAUGGGUACACAUCUUUCCCAGAUCAGUCCACCGAGCAGUCCGCUCUUCCAUCAGCUUUACACGCCUCAUCUGCGGUCACUGGCCACACUCCUGUUCCUGCUCCUGCUACGGCGUUCGAUACAUACAAAAGAUUUCAAGACCGGUUGACUCUUGAGUUGAUCAGUCUCUACCAAGCUAUCCAGGGUGUAGGCAUUACAGAGCCGAUUGAGGUAAUCAUGAACAGACAUGUUGAUGCUUUCGUCGCACAUCUCUUUCCCUUGGCACCACUAGUCCACGAGUCCUCCGUCAGAGCAAGUAUCAUCUUGUUUCGUGGACUUGUCUCAGGUCUCGAGCAUGCGGACUCCGAUCUUAUAACACAAGAUCGGUUCAGUACCGACACUAGGGAUUCCAGUAUGGAGAUUGUAAGGUCAAUGGCCUUGCUCACCGCGCUGUGCGCGGAGGUGGGCUGGAUGCUACCGCCUACCCUUUGUCCCUAUGGAAUAGCACUCGCUCCAGUUUUCUUGCGCACCUCGCGAAGAUGUCUUGAUCUGUGUCGUGAUGACGACUUGUUGGAUCCAGACGCAAGUUCAAUCAUAACUCGCUACUUCCAUGGCAACUGCAUGCACGCCGGGGGUCAGACACGACUCUCGUGGAUUCUGCUGGGUGAAGCGAUCAGGAUCGCUCAAGCAAUGCGCUUGUACGACGAGGCAGCAUACGUUGGUCUCAACGAGAUAGAAGCUCGCCUCCGCCGGCACGUCUUUUGGCAAUUAUACACCAGCGACAAGUCUUCCGCAUUCCUCAACAACAACCAUUUCACCAUGCAUCAAUUCAUCUUCGGCGAGUCCAUGACUGUCAACGAACCAGCUAGCGCCGGCAGCACCCUUCUCUUGUCCUCUUCAUUUUCCGAGAGUACACUCAUCACGGGCUUCAAUUUGUGCCAGAGAUUCUACUAUCAUGCCUCAGAGGUGAUGUUUCACAUGGGAUGUGCGUCAAAGCAGGUCAUGCACAAUGACUCUCACCCAUUGAAAGAUAUCUCGCCCAUGCAACGAGCAAAUCUGAUCAAUUCUUACGUCAGACUCACGACUGUGCUAGAUAAUGCGCCAGGAUGUCUACAAAGCUUCGCAAGAGUUGACAACACUACUGAGACUAGCCCAGGGGGUAACUUCAGCUUGCUUAAUCUUCAUGUGCAAGUAGCCAAUUUGUUAGUCACCAACUUCUAUCUGCGCAUGCUCGUUACACAAAGAUGUGCCGAAGAUGGGCUCCAAUCUCUUCUUGGCUUACCGGAAGACCCACUCCUCAUGGACCUACGCCGCAGUGAGAUUGCACGCGACAUAGUUCGUGUUGUACAAGAUGCACCUUUUGAAGCGCUCCGAAUCAAUGGCGAGCCCUUGAAUGAAAAGAUCAGACUAGUUGGCGCGACUUUACUCGAGAUCGCCAGCCGAGCCACGAACCGCCAGCUCAAAGAGAGGGUCAAAGCUGAUCUGACAAUACUGUUGGAUAUUUUGUCUCGGCUUGACUCCAAGGCUUGUGAAGCUCUAAUUCAGAGUGCCACGACGCAGUGUUCGUGAUCCACCGGACCUGCAUGUUCUGGGUGACAUUGCUUUUGGCAUGGUUAACUAUCUACUGGAAGCUUUCCAAAGCUUUGACUCCGAGCUGCUGGGGUGCCAUCUUAGAAUGCGCCCAAAACCAGGCCAGGAUGACCAUCUUGCAUCAGCACAUCAUGAGGCUGUAUGCCACUCA